GCAACCAUAAGGACGUUAUUUCAACUAUCUCGAGAAUUUUCCAAAAGCAAUAUUUUCACUCUGACUUUGAAAUUAAGCGAACUUACAAAAUAUUUCAAUCACAAUAAAUAUCAGACGUCAUUACCCUUAUACACUAUCAGCUUGAAUUCUCAAAAAGAUUUUAAUGAUUUUGCCGAUUUUGCUAAAAAUUUCAGUAUGUCUUUAAAUUUAUGGCUAGUUUUUUUCGGCGAAUCGGAUGAUUUAUUACAAUUUUGUUAUGCACCCCAUAAGAAUUUGUUUAACAUUGCCUUCAACACAAAAAUGUUGAUAAAAUGUGAAAAUGAUCAUAUUAUUAAAGAGUGGUACUCGCUAUUUAAGGACGAAGUGAAACGCGACGACUACAUGAAUUCAGAUUUUAAAAAUACUUCAUUAAGUGGAUUAUUUGGAAGUGUUCUACAAGAAUUGUCGAAUGUAAUGAACUUUACGGUUGAUUUAGUUACGUCCGAACAGAUGUUUGGACACUAUUAUGCUGAUAGUAAAAAUUGGUCAGGUGUAAUGGGGCGAUUGGUAUCGAAAGAAAUCGAUAUCGGUGUGGCCGAAUUCAGCCGCAAUAAACGUCGACUGGAAGUUGUUGACUUCUCGGUGCCACUUUCAAUAACGCGUUUUAAUAUGUAUUUGAAACGUCCUAAUAUGACUGCUAUAAUGUGGUCCUCGUAUGUACAGUGGGCGACAAAUAUAUUUCUCAUGACAUUCUGCUCACUUGUAAUUGCAAUAAUGAUGUCUAAACUGGGUAAAAAAAAUGUUAUUGCACUUAUUUCUGAGAACUGUUUCCAUAUUUGGGGAAUGCAAUGCCAGCAAGGACUUCCAGAGUUUCCCUCAGCAACAUCGUUAAAAUUAGCAUUUGCAUCGUUAUUUAUCUCAUCUAUAGUCAUUCAUAUUACUUAUUCUGCAACAUUAACCAGCUUUAUCACUGUCUUUGAGCCAAGUUUACCAUUUACCACCGAACAAGAAUUUUUAUUACAUUCUUCCUACAAUUUAACUGUAUUUCGAGGAAGUAUUUAUCACGAUUCAAUUCAGCAAUCCAAGCAUCCUAUUGUAAAACUAAUGAAAAAACGACUAGUGAAUUCAAAAGACCUUCCAACUACUAUGAUUGAAGCACUUCAUCAAGUUUGUACACAGAAAGUUGUGCUUUACAUGAAUGAAAUAUUUGUGAACAAGAAUAAUCCGAGAAAUCCUUGUCCAUUAAUGUCCAUUGAUAUGGGGCGUCCAGAUAGUCAAUCAUUUGCAUUGAUUAAAAAUAGUCCGUAUAAAAAAAUUAUAAAUUUUUAUAUUGAAAAUUUUCGGGCCUUCGGUAUUUUGAAAGUCCUUCGUAAUAGAUAUCAACAACAUUCAAUAAUAUUGAAUUCAAAAUAUUGGCCCGUCAGUUUUUGGAGCAUCGUACCUAUUUUGAUAAUUUUUAUAAGUGGCGUUGGUUUUGCAAUACUUAUGUUAAUAUGCGACAACGGUAGCCAGUGCGACACCUAA